AUGUCCCUCAGACUUACAAUGAACCUCUCUCCUGUAUCACAGAACGUCUAUUUUGAAACCUCCCCCGAACUUCCAUCUCCAAUUAGAAGUCAGACGCUCUCUCCACGAAUAGGGAGUGAUGCUUCGACUAUCAGAAAGUCUUCUACAGAGGAUUUACUGAAGAGCUUACUCUUUGCAAAUCCAUCGCCUUUGUUGAACGCUUAUUGUGAUGGGCUUUUACAACAAGUUCCGGUCCCAACCCACAUCACGGCUUUGAUGUCGUUCUUCUCCUCUCGAGGUAAAUUGAUCGACUUGUUGACUGUUUUGGCACGACGAGAAAUCGACGGGUGCUCCGCGAAUCAACUGUUUCGAGGUAAUGGGGCAUUCACUAAGAUAUAUUCAAGUUUCUUGUCAACAGAAGGAUCUUUUUUGAUCAACUCCACCUCACAAAAACUCGUCGAGUAUAUCAUACAAAGCGGUCUUGAUAAGAAACUCGAGUCAAAAAACAAUGAAGAAGUAAAGGUCAUCGCUGAAACCCUUUUCUAUUCAUUUUCCUCGUUACUCCAAAAGCACUUUGCCGACUUUAGCGUGUGUCACAAGAUGGUAUUGAAGAGUUUGUAUAUGGAGGUUUCGCGUAAGCGCGGCGAGAUUCAAGCAAAGAACGCGUUCACUACCCUCAUCUUUUUGAGGUACCUCUUUGUCCCAUUUAUGCGCUUCCCAAAUUUGCUGAAGAACUUCCAAGCCACUGUUUCGACAAGACUCAGCGAGAACACAGAGAUCGGGAAAGUCAUCGAUAACAUGUUAGAGAAUAUAGUGAAUGUCCCAUCGUUGUGUUACAGUUCUCCUAUCGACCUGAAAAAACAAGAGAAAAGUCUCCAACAGAUCAUCAAUAUCAUUAGAAGCGAAAUGCCAAAAAUCUCGAAGAAGUACGUCGGUGACUUUGAUAUCGUCUUUGCCGCUGUUAAAUCGAAGAGAGAAGACUCCACUAAUAUCGACUUUGCUGCAAUGGAACUCAGGUGCUGGUCGGAAGGCAAAUUGGAGUCGUCAGCAAAGCUUAAUGCAGAACUGAAAGCAAAGAUCGAAAGCAUUAAAAAGACUAACCAGAUGCUGAGAAACAAAAUGUCGAUACUCAGAACAUAUUGA